ACUUUUUUUUUCGCCCCAGCUUCCGCCUCAUUACAAAAAUAAUAAUAGUUUUUGCUCUGUCACUGGAAAUCCAGUCAUCUGAGUCACCCCAAAAUGACGUUAAAGCCAACCCCAGAAUACCCAGGCUAGCUGCAGACCGGGAUGCACUGAAAUGUAACCCGUACCUGCGGCUACAGCAGGCCACACGUAUCAAAAUGUCUAGAGUCCCAAAGCAUUUUGGACUAAGUUAUGAUGAAGAAUUGAAGAUGCUGAAGGAACUUGAGAAGGUUCGCAAACAAACAAGGAAAGAUUUCCUUAAAUUCAAGCUGGUACAGGAAUCGAAAUCAAAACGGAGUCCUCUAGCCUUUUCAGCUCUACCAAGAGAUUUUAAUAAUUACUCUUCCCAGAGUUCAGAAAGUUCAUACGAGGCCAUCGCUACAGACAAGAUUGUUCCACCUGAACCGUGUUCUUCUGCACUUCAACACACAGAAAAACAAAGUCAUGAUCCCAGAAAGAAGAUUCAAGGAAGUAAAUUACUCUUCAAAGAGAGCAGAAAGAUGACGUCACUUGCUGGUAGACCUAGAAACCAGACGUUUUGUCCCAAAGAAUUUUAUUUGAAAAAUACUGCUUACAUGUAUCAACAUGGAAAGGAAAAACCAGUGAUUGCCUCACUAGCAGGCACUUCUAAACAAGUUGUUUUAUUUAAACAGCCAGCUCCUCCUCACAAGUCUAGAUACCCCCGAGUUAUUCUUCGGCGAAGGUUACCAACUCCUCAGUUCCCUCUUCCUUUGCCAAAACGCGACGGGAAAAGCGAACCUUCUUCUGUCCCAAACUCGUAUCAUGCUGAAGAAAUCAUAAAUAAGGAAGCUAUGACAAGUGACCACGAGGCUGAAAAGAGCUCGCUGAGAAAAAGGAGGUGGGCGGGACCCCGCAGAGAAGGCAUUUCUUACAGUUCUCAGGCUGAGAAAAAAAGGAAAAAAAGUUUCAUCUCUAGCCCUAUCAGAGACGUCAAGGUUCCGGAGGAGCCCGCGAUACAAGUUCAGACAGUAAAGGAGGAAGAACCCCAAGCCGAGGAAUCCGAAAAAAAAGUACCCGAAAUGCAUUUGCCAGAGAGAGAAGUCCCAAGGUGUAUUGAGGAAAUAAUUGUUUCCCUUCAGUCUGAACGUCAGUCAGCGGUGGACAAGAUGAUCAAAGAUCUCAUAGAGAGUAUCCUUGGCCAGAACUACGACAUUAAAAUGGAAGUAGGUCAAUCAGAAGAAAGAGUUAUAGUUUCUGUUGGGAUUGCAUAUCAGCAGUCUACUCACACACUUCAUAAGCUAUGUACCGCUGCUCCAGCAUUUGUGCUGCCUACUGAUUUACAACUUGCUUCUAGAAUAUAUCACACUAUAGACAAAAGGGGCCAUGACACUUUUCUUGGAACCACCCAGAACCAUCAUCCAGAGGAGCAGCCCGUUUGGAGGAGGGACCCACCAUCCCUGGCCACCACUAACACCAAUGGCCAGCCAGCUAAGUGCCACUGUGAUUCAAUAUCAAAAAUGGUACCUGAUGAUCUACAAAGUAACCUGAAUGAAGUAAUGAUUCAGAGAGAAUACGUUUUAAAGAUGAAGGCUCAGGAAAAUACAGAAGGCAUUGAUACUAAUGAAAAUUUGAAUGUGACUGCACCAUCUAAUUUACAAGAAGCGUCAAUCCAGCAUGGUGAAGAAAAGAAAACUCACCCUGUAGAAGUUCGAAAAAGAAGAGCUAAUUACAUUAUUUUUCCCAAGAGAAGAAGGAGGAAAUUUAGGAAAAAGCUGAAUGCUGAAAAAAUAAAUUCAGUGCUUAAAGAAUUAUCAAAGCCUCCGAAGACUCUUGAAAGAUCAGCAUCUCUUGUCAUUCUUUGGGAACAGAAGAAAUUUUUUCUCCAUGUGCCUAUGUAUGUCCGUCAAAGUCGCUGCCCUAGUCUACCUGCUGUGUUACAUUUUGAUGAAUUUGCCCAGAAGCAUGGUGGAAUUCCAGAAGAUACUGAUCCUCAGCAAUGGGUUUCGGACUUCUGGAUUAAAGAGUUACAAGACAUGCCUCCAACUCAAGAGCUAGAACAUGUUGAGGAGAAAAUAAUUCAAACUUUUGUUGAACCAGUUAAACCUGAAAAAGUAAAACAACUACAAAAAAUAGAAUUAGAUGAUUUCUCUAAUUCAGAUCUCUCUGACGUUGUUAGGAAGCAUUUGGAGACUGAAAUACAGAGGCUGACUAAAGAAAUAAAAGAGAAAAAGAAAAUGGCUGCCUUCCUAUAUUGCCGACGUGGAGCUCUUUAUAGAAAACUAGGCAAACUAAAGAAGGCCAUGAAUGAUCUACAAGAGGCUAUAUUCUUAGAACCUCUAUUACUUAAUGCUUAUUGGCACCGACAUUUCAUAUACAUUUUCCAAGACAAAAGUGGUGAUGCUUUAAAUGACUUAAAUUAUAUAACUAAAUAUAAUAAAAAUAAUGCAGAUGUUUAUUUAUCAAAGGCUGAAAUUUUCAGGAAAAGAGGUAAUUUUACAUUGGCACUGCUAAAUUAUUCUCAAGCAAUUAAGUGUAGGCCUACAGAUGAUGACAUCUAUUUCAAGAGAGCUGAGAUACUUUAUGUAGGGAACAAAUUACUGGCCAUUGAUGAUUAUUCUAAAUGUAUUUAUUUUAACCCAGAAAGAACAGAUGCAUUAUUAAAACGUGGCCUGUAUCAUUUUGAAAGUUCCAAUUGGAAUGCAGCUAUUCAAGAUUUUUCCUCUUUGUUGAAAUUUGACUGCAAAAAUAUUCAAGCAAGGACAUAUCGUGGCAGAGCUUUUUUAAAAAAAGGUCACUAUAGAGAAGCAACUGAAGACCUUUCGUCUGCAAUUCAUUUAGAUCCUAAUAAUUGGGUAGCAUUCUAUUAUAGAGCCUGCAUAUUGCGAAAAUGUAACCCUCAUAAAUCUCUUCAGGAUUUCAGUGUAUCAGUGCUCAUCAAUGAUACUAUUGAGAAUCUUCUUGCUUUUCUACACCGUGGCAUCUUGUAUACAGAAAUGAGUUGCUGGGGGUUGGCAGUUGCGGACUUUGAAAGUGUACUUGAGCUAGACAGAAACAUAUCUUUUGCUUUUAUAAAUAUUGGCAUCAUAUACCUGUUGCAUAUGGACAAGUACUUUGAAGCAAUUCAGCAGUUUACAGAGGCUAUUCGAGUUGAUCCUUUGUAUAUUCAAAGCUAUCUUUGUCGAGCACAAACUUAUCAUAAGAUACAAAAAUUACCAGAAGCAGUGAAGGAUUUGUCUCGAGCCAUCCACCUCCAGCCAGAUGGAAUCCACUUGUAUAUAAUUAGAGGACGCUAUCUACUGGAGAUGAAGCAGUAUGAUCUGGCAAAAUCCACUAUUUUCCAACUAGCAAAAAUGAACAAAGGUUCCUUGGAGUUGUCUUCUGUUCAGCAAUCAUUGGUUUUUUCAUUUUGUAAUCAUCACACAGAAGCUAUAAAAAUCUUAUUUUCAGUCACAUUGUGUAAGCCAGAGCCUGCCAUGUACAUGCUAUUAGGAAAAACCCAAAUGAAGGCCAAAAAAAUACAGAAUGCUGUGAUAACUUUUAAAAGGGCUUUGGAUGCAAUAACUGCUACAGACAGGACACCAAAGGGAUCAUUUCUGUCCGCGGAAUGUUACUAUCACUUAGGUCUUUGUUACAUGGAAGAAGGGAAUCUCCAAUUGGCCUUUGACUUUUUUAACAAAGCAGUGAAAGUAUACCCUGAAUAUGCUGAGGCUUUUUAUCAACGAGGCCUUUGUAAAGUGAAACUCCAGAAGGAUAAAUGUGUGCAGGAUUUCAAUCGGGCAAUUACCAUCAAUCCAAAACAUUAUCAGGCAUAUAUAAGUCGUGCAGCUUUCUAUGGAAUGAAAGGAAGAUACUCCAAGGCAAUUUUGAACUGUAGUGAAGCAAUCAGACUUUUUCCUAACAGUGUGAGAGCCUUUCUCUGCAGAGGAGUUUUGAAAUUCUACAACAAGACUUAUAAGCUUGCAAUUACAGAUUUAAAUAUAGCUAUCUCCAUGGACAAAGCCUGUUUUCUAGCAUUUUAUAACAGAGCAAUAUGCUACAGCAAAAUAAAGGAAUUUUAUAUGGCUUUAAGGGAUUAUGGAAUUGUUCUUCUUCUCAACGUGGGAGAUGACAUAAAGGCAAAAACUUUAGUUAAUCGUGGCCUGAUCUACACAGAACUAAAAAUGGUUGCCAAUGCGUUAGAGGAUUUUAGGGAAGCAAUGCAGAUAAAUAAAAAUGAUGCUAGCCUGUUUCAAGCUGCUGGAAUUUGCCAUCACAGACUGGGAGAGUUUGAAGAAGCUGUGUAUUCAUUCACUCGUGUCAUUGAACUCAAUCCUUUUUUUGUGGAUGCAUAUGUUGGUCGGGGAAAUUCUUAUAUGGAAUAUGGUCAUGAAGCAGCUGAGAAACAAGCACAAAAGGACUUUAUAAAAGCCUUACACUUUAAUCCAGCAUACCCAAAAGCCAGAAUUAGCUUUGGAUAUAAUUUACAGGCUCGAGGAAAAUUCCAAAAAGCUUGGAAUCACUUUACCAUUUGUGUGGAUAUCGAUCCAAGAAACUGCCAGGCAUAUGAAGGGAGAGGAAUAGUCUGUCUUCAGAUGGGAGAUAAUUUUGCUGCUAUUCAAGAUUUAAAUUCUGCUCUAAAGAUCACUACUUCUGCAGAAUUUUUAACAAAUCGUGGUGUGAUUCACGAAUUUAUGGGUGAACGGCAUAUUGCCAUGAAGGACUAUCAGGCUGCACUUUCUAUAAACUCUAAGUAUUCUCUGGCUUACUUUAAUGCAGGAAAUAUUUAUUUACACCACAGGCAAUUUUCCCAGGCUAAUGACUUCUAUUCUAAGGCAUUGGAAUUUGACCCACUAAAUGAUUCUGCCAUCUUGAAUCGAGGUAUCACAAAUAUAAUAUUACAGAAAUUUGAAGAAGCAAAAGAAGAUUUUAUAAAGGCAAUUCAUCUCUGUCCUUUUUGGGCUGCAGUAUAUUAUAACAAGGCACACUUACACUACAAUUUACAACAAUAUGAAACAGCUGAAAAGGAUCUUAGUACAGCCUUAUCAUUACAACCUAAUAAUCAUCUGGCAUAUAAACUCAGAGCAGAUGUUCGUGGAAAAAUGGGUUUGAUUGAAGAAGCUCUGAAGGACUAUAACCAGUCACUCGACCUUCAAGAAUUUGCUAAAGUUUAGAUUAGAUUAGACAGGCAGUGCAAAGUAUUGCAGAGAAACAAUAGCCUUUCUUCUCUAAAAUGAAAUCUAUUUUUGAAAAGAAUGAAUUAGUAUCACUGCUGAAUGAUCUUUAAACUUUUGUAUAAUUAUCAAAACAAUUAACAGCUUAAUAUUUAUUCCAUCUUGUGAUUUUUAAAUUACUAGAUUAUCAGCUGCUUAUAUUUGGCCAGCCCAAAUAAUUGAAUUUCUUGGUGGCAUUUAAUUGCUACUGUCCCUUAAAGAAUACUAAAAUUAUUGAAGUAGUCUCUUUAAAUUAAGAAUUUCUUUUUGAGGUAGUAAUACCUACCAUGUGUAUACAAGAAAAAAGUGUCAUAUCUUAAAGAGCCAAAUAGUAAUGUUUGCAGUAGAGUUCAAUUUUUUUUUAAGAAAAAUGAUCUUCCUGACUGAAAAAAGAAGUGUGAGUUUUGGGAAAUUACUUUUUUUUCUUAUUGCCCACAAUAAUGUGCAUUAUUAUAUGCAUUCUUUCAAUGACAUAUGUAUUCUCUAAAUGUACUGCUGUAAACAAAUUUUUCCUUGAACAUAGUAAUUUGUGGAGGCAUUCUCUUAAUCAACAUAUGCUUUUUAAGGGUGCAUAUACCUUAUUUUUUUCAGACAUCCUAGUGCCAUGAGAUAUAUCAUAUAAAUGUAGUCAACAUCAAUACUCUUAUCUCCCUGCCUAAAGUAUACAUAUUUGCAUCAGAACAAGCCCUUCUCAACAGUGAUCCAUUUCUUUCACUGAGCAGAUCCUUUCUGUAAUGAGUCCCUGAGAAUUUCCCCAAAGUCUUCUAGGAACUUGCUUCCUUUCUGAUGGUGACAGAUUUGCUACUAUUACAAUAAGUAUUACUUCAACCCUCACGGGGUCAACGAAGGAUGGAGACAAAUGUUAGAAUUCCUUUUCUACCUCCCACUUUCAUUUCUAGUGGCUUAUAUCCUCCCCACCUCAAGUGCCUGAUCUCACUUGAACUCAUCAACAUUCUUAAAGUAAAUGAUGUUCACCCACCUCCCAUGCUAAUUAGCCAAUCAUACCAGGUGGUAACAUGAGAAAAUAAAUUUUAAUUUUUCUUCUUUGUGGAGAUACUUCUUGAUUAAGUUUCUUGUCUUAGUAUUUCUUAUCAAACCAGUAACAGGUUUUCCAUUUCUUGCUAGCAGGAAUGAGUCAACUCCAUUACUUAACUGCUGAUUUCCAGGAGUGUGAUUUGACAGUUGAUUUAGUUGGCAAGGCAUUACAUAAAGAUAAGCAAUUGUUAUUUGCAAAUAGUAUAACUUUUGCUUUAACUGCUGAAAGAUAAUGAUUAUGACUCAAGUUAUGUUGUAAAAGAAGAGUGUUCAAGCUAUAAGAAAAUAUCCAAUUAUGGCUUCUUUAGGAAAUAGAUACCUAAUGUCUGUCUCAGUGGUAGCCAGCAGAUCCUACCCCUUCCCUGUGACCUUCAACAUCCACUUUAAUGACUCCCUAAAUGGUUUCAGAUUUGUCAUCUAUUUGUUGAGAUACUAGCUAAAUUUGUCUGGGCAUUUGGAUUUCAAACCCGCACAUUAUUUUUGCCUUCACAGUUAUAAACUUGAGCAUUGGAACCCAAAUUAAUUCAAAUCAACUAUUUUAAUGUCAUGUUAGGAUUACAAAUUUAAUGGAAAAGUUAGGAAAAGCAAAAGUUUUGUUCAAUAGCUGUAAUCCCAAUGAACUAGCAAAAGAAAGAUCACUUUUUUUUCUUUUCCUGAUGGAGUUUUUAAAAUGUGUAAAUUUAAACCACUCCCCAGAAAAGAGCAAAU